AUGACCACCGUUUUGCCGACCCCCAACUCUCCCCCCGAGCUCUCCGGGUCCAAAUCCUCUAAAUCCUCCUCGUUUCAUUCCUCUUCUCACCUGGACGGUCCCGACAGCAUCUUCACGGAUAUUUCGAAUUUCGAAGACAUUGGCUUGGAAGAUGAUGCCGCCCUAUCGUUCGCCGAUCCACCAGGCUCCUACGGCCGCUCUGGGGCAAAGGCACGGUCUCCCGCCGCCGGAAUGUCAAGCAAAGUCCCUACGAUCUCAACUCGCGACUUGACCGCAACCCCGAAAUCUCGCCAGCGAAGCCCCCUACCCCCGAUUCACGGUGGGUUGGCCAAUGCGCCAGCAGGCUCCCUCGCAGCGAGAACUGCAAAUCGGACACACUCGGGCAACACGCUGCAGUCACCUGGUUUGACACCAGCGCACGCCCGCCGUGCACGAUCUGUUUCACCACUACGGCCGACAUCCAGUCGCUCCACCUCGAGCACCAGCCCAGCUUUGUCUCCGCUAUCUGCGCGAGUGCCAACUCAGAAACAAAGCUGGCAGCCAAAUCGCAAGUCGGUUCAAGACCUGGAGGAAGAAUACCAUGAUUCGGACGAUGAACUGCCGGACGAUGCAAGUCUGUGGAACAUUCCUAUCUCUCCACGCCCAGUCCAAGAGCGGACUUUUUCACGAUCUGCCAGUCCAAAUGGUCGCAGCCCUGGGCGGCGGCCUCUGCCUAUUCAGCACACCGUGGCGGAAACCGACAAGCUAGCGUCACCCGAAAAUACGGCCAAGGCAUCCCGCAUGAAGCGUAUACAACGAUCGAGCUCCGCGGGGCCGGAGCGUGGACAAAUCUCGCCACGCAACCCUCGCACCUACUCGUAUAACAGUUAUCUUUCUGACUUGUCCGAGGAAGCAAAGAUUAUUACUGAAGCUCUGGAGCUGCAUGCUGAUGAUAAAGAUCGCGAGCGGGAGGAGCAUGUUCAAACCCGUGCUUCGCGGAAGUCUAGCGAGGACUCGCAUCGUGCAUCCCGUGAUGCUGUCGCCUUACCGCCUCUGCAGAAAUCAAACAUCAUGAUUGAUCCGCUGCCAAUUAGCAAAGAGAAAGAAAAAUUCCUCUCGCGGACACGCCCAAGCUGGCUUCCGCCUAAGGACCAGAAGGAGGAGAAAAGACACCUGAGGCAGUAUCAGCAAAUGAUGGCCCAGUCUCGAGAAGCUGAAAAACGCAAAGCUGCCAAAAUUGCGAAUGCGCAGUGUGCAAAGGACAACACCCGAGCAACACUGCAGAACAUCUGGGAUGAAUAUGUGUAUCCGAAUUGGGACCGCGCUCUUCGCGAGCCCCGAAUUCGCGAAUUGUGGUGGCGUGGAAUCCCACCCCGCAAUCGGGGCCACAUAUGGGAACGAGCCAUUGGCAACGAACUAGCAUUAACUGAGGAAACUUUUGCCAAAGCGCUUCUUCGAGCAAAGGAUCUCCAAAGCAAGAAGGAUGGAGAAAGCGAGAGCAACAAAAGACUACAAGACUGCUUUGAAGCGAUCGAAACAGACGUGCCCAAAGCCUUCCCAGAUCUGAACAUCUUCCAAGAAGGUGGUCCACUACGGGAAAUCCUCAUUGACGUCCUGAAAGCAUACUGCAUGUACCGCAGCGACGUAGGCUACAUCCACGGCCUGCACACCAUCGCCGCCCUCUUCGUUUUGCAAUUCCCCACACCCGCUUCCGCCUUCCUCGCCAUGGCCAACGCCCUCAACCGUCCUUUACCCGUCGCGUUCCUCACUUGGGACCGUGGCGCCAUGGCCCGCUCCUACGCACUAGCCUCGGACACCUUGCGCUAUAAGUUCCCUCGUUUGCAUACUCACCUGACCGAAAUCCUCCGCCUCUCCGAGGCAGAGAUCUGGGAGCCGAUUUUCCGCUCGCUGCUGACAAACGGCCUGGACCUCGAACGCAUCUCCCGUGUCUGGGACUGCUGGGUCUUCGAGGGCGACCGCAUCAUGAUCCGCUCUGCCGUUGCCAUAAUGGGCUGUCUCCAGGCCCAGCUGUUCUCCUUCCAACAGACUAAUGACCAAUCCCGUCUUGCUGUGCGGGACAUGCUAGGCUGGGGUCCCCAUAAUCUUGAUCUUGGAGCAAACAUGCAGAAAGCUAAAGAGCGGAACAGCGCCCCUGCUGCUGGCUUCGGCGGGGGGCGGAUCGAAAAUUUCGGCGUUGGUGAUUAUUGGGUUCUUACUGCUGCGGGCAACGAAGAUGGGUUUAUGAGUGCCGUCCGAGAGGCUGGGAAAGUGCGCCAACAACCCCAAACUUGA